GGAGGGAGACCGGGCAGUUUGAAGGGACGGGGAGCCAGGAGCGGCGCGGCGGCUCCAUGAGAGGCUCCUGCCGGGACAGAGCGCCCAGAGCCCAGCCGGAGCGUCUCCACCGCCGCGGGUAAAACCCCGGGGCUACAGGACGGCGGCCAGUUUGGAAGUUUUGAUGCAUAUGAUCACAACCACCAUGAUUUUUAUGAUUCUUGGUGCUUCAGUUGUAAUGGCGAUAGCCUGCCUAAUGGACAUGAACGCACUACUGGAUCGCUUUCACAACUACAUCUUACCGCAUCUACGAGGGGAGGACCGCGUCUGCCACUGCAACUGUGGAAGGCAUCAUGUCCACUAUGUAAUCCCAUACGAUGGGGACCAUUCUUUGGUGGAUUCAUCAGAGAACUACUUUGUGAGUGACAGUGUGACCAAGCAGGAGAUGGACUUGAUGCUGGGGCUGCUGCUGGGCUUCUGCAUUAGCUGGCUGCUGCUGUGGCUGGACGGAGUCCUACACUGCGCCGUCAGGGCCUGGAGGGCGAGCCGCUACUAUGAUACCCCGUCCUGGUCAUGGCUGCCCCAGUUCUGCAACCUUCGAGACCUCCGCCGCCGAGCCCAGCUCCGACAACUGGAGGACUCCAGCGGCAACAUGGUCCACAUCAAGCAGAAGCUGUACCACAACGGCCACCCCAGUCCCCGCCACCUCUGACUCUAAAAAAACUAAACAACAAAAUCAAUAACGAAAAAAAAUAAAUCCCCUACUCUAAAAGACUUUCUCCUUUCCCGUCCAAAACCCCUCGCCUCCCUUCUCAAACUGCCCCUUGGCCAACUAUUAACUCAGAGACCCUGGAAAAAACUGCCCUCCCACAGUUCAUAACAUGGCCCCCUUAAACUCCCAUGACAGGACUUUCUUAUGACUAAACCUGGCCCAUGUCAGCACUAAAAAAAAAAAAAAAAAUCCCAAAACGGAGCAAGAUGACGAUUAUUUGCUGCCACUGAAAUCUUGUCUUAUGUCCAUGUCCACCAUUGUGGGAGGAGGAAGGGAAAAAAAAAAAAAAAAAAACAUUUUUAAGGGUGUUUUUUCUGUAUAGAGACAUUUUCUGUGUUCAUUGUUUAACUUGGCAUGCUCUUUUAGAACAGGGUAAGAUGUGGGCAGUGUAUGGAACAGCGCGGCAA